UUAAGUACAUAUAUGUAUACUAGAUUCAUUAUAAGAAAAUCUCAUGAAAUGACAGAAUUUGAAAAAGGUAAUCAUUUUGAUGUAAAGCAAGUUUAAAAAUUACAAUUAUUAUAAUACAGUAUCACAAUUUUUAUGUUAUACCAAUACAUAAGAUCCAGUGGAAUUAGAUCUUUUGAAUCUGUCAUAUUGUCUGAUUGAGUUGUAUAUAUAAAUAAAUAAAUAAAUAAAUAAGUAUAUUAUGUAUACACAUCAAAAGAAGCUUUAAUAUGAUAAAGUAUAAAACAUACAGCAUAGGAUUGCCUUAGACAAAAUUAAUAUCUCAAAGAUAAACAAUGAAUAAUAUUUCUGGACAAUUCCGUAAAACAAUGUGGGAUCCGUUCCUUAUAAUAUCUCAAAUAAUUGCAGUCCAGACUGUGAUGUACUUCUGUCUUGGAUUAUGGAUUUGGAUUGUUGCAUCAUACAUAGGAUCCACGAAGUCAUUAGAUUAUGUUUUCCAUUAUAAACAAAUACACGUUAGAGAUUUUGCUGGACAGUUUAUAAUAAUUAUUUUUAUCUUAAAUGCAUUAAUUGGAGCAAUCGCACUGUGGUGGUUAGUACAAAGGACAAAACAGUGUAUGGAUUUUGCCUGUACAGCACACUUAAUACAUUUAUUAUGCUGUUGGAUAUACAAUGCAAGUUUUCCAUCAACUUUUAGUUGGUGGUGUUUAAAUAUUAUAUCUUUAAGCAUAAUGUGCGUUUGUGGUGAAUUCCUUUGCAUGAAAACUGAAUUACAAGCAAUACCAUUAAGCAUGAGCAGUCAGAAAACAGCCUUGUAAAUGUUUGCUAUCAAAGUGAAGUUGAUGUUUAGUAAACAAUAUCAUUUUAUACUAAAAAGUUUAAAACAGAUAAAUAAAAGACUAUUUGUUUUUA